CUAUAGUAAAGUAUUAUUGUUUCACAAUUGCUAUCGCUGACGUUUGUUGCGCCAUCUCUUGUAAACACCCCAACACAUUGCCAACACUGCUCUGCAGAGAAGACGACUUUGCGUGCUUAUUAACACUUCCGACAUGCAGGCCGGAGAGCGUGAAUUAAACGACGGCCACCACGAUGUAAUAGUGCGCUACUUGAAGUUCUCUAAAUCGCAGCGAGCCCAGCGCCUCAAAGUUAUCGACAAAAGUUUCGACGACGUGAAACAUGCGAGGCUCCUCGAGGAAACGUACACGUCUGAGGAAGUUCAACAGAUUCUCGACGAUCUUUGCACCGUAGUGCGAGCUGAGGUUGAGAGCGAGCUUAUCAACUCGGCUCAUGCAAACGUAGUUCUGCUCCGACAACUCUGCAAGCAAGCGGAACAGUGGCACCUGCAGCUUCAGGCAGAUAUGUCGGAACUUGAAGAUGGAUCACUAAUUGAAAAUGUUGGGGGCAUGGAACUGGAAGGAUUGAGCACAGGAAAGCAAUUGCAGGCGUCUUCGUCAAGGUCACACAAGUUGAGCCCCCUUGAGGACUCACACGGACCAAGCGCUCUUCUGCAGAAAGAAAUAGCACGAAUGAAGAGUGAAAAUGCAAUGCUUCGGAGUCGGCUGAAGGAUGUUGAAAGUCAGGUUUCUCAGAUACUAAACCAGAAGUCCGAGCUGGCUGAGAGGUUUAACCAGAAGAAGUGUGAGCUCAUGGAAAGCUUGAGGAACAAGGAAAGAAAAAUGGACGAAUCAACAGAGUUUAUUGAAGACCAAAUGACCAAAGUCAAACUUGAAAUGGAAGAGAGCCUAAACAAAAGCCGGUUGUCACAGCAAAAAUUGGAAUCUGACUUGGUAGUGACAAAGCAGAAGCUUCUUGAAGUGCAAGCACAGCUGGACUUGGCCGAAAAAUUGUCUCUCCCAGGAGCUGGAAAAAAAGUUCAGCCAAACCGCAGCUUACACAAACAUGAAGAAGAUGCUGGCCACUAAGAACGAUCAGAUCAAGGAGCUGCGCACUGUGCUGGCUACGUGAGUCGUUGCUUCAAGCGCACGGAAAGCCUUGGGAAUCUCUGCACACUUGCACUGAGGGCUGUGCACAUUGUUGCCUGCAAGCCUGCAUCUGUGUUCACUCUUUUGUUGUUUCUUUUUUUAAUUUCUUUAUGUGCAUCCAUUGCAGCGCAUGAAAGCGUCGUUGAAGCAUGGGCUUCUCACCUACCACAUUGUAUACCUCAAUCAUACUCUUGUGAAUUUAGUGCCACUUUGAGCGAGCGCACUUUGCUUCAGUGAAUGUGAUUUUGACAGCUUGGUGCCAUGCGGCAAAAUGAAAAGCCAUUCAGGUUUGAUGGCAGUGACAAUGGGAGGCUGAAACAAGCACUUCAAGUGGUUAUUUAUAUUUGGGAUUGGCCGUUGUGUGGUGAGUGCUUAUUGUGCUGCUAGAGGCCUAGUCAGGUGACUGCUGACGUUGCCUUUUGCCUCCUGUAUCGUGGUAAUCAUGUGUUGUCAAACAAAUAAAUAAAUGUUGCUUUCUUAAAGUUAAAUAUGUAUUUCAACAAACUGCCUAGACAGCAACACCACCAUGCACCUGGGCAGUAUUCUAAUCCGCUGUUCCACAUGCAAGGUAGGUCAUGAUACUGGCUGCUGCUGAAAUCAAGCAUUGCAAUGGCGAGAUGAUUGUUUUGUAGUGGUUUAUACAGACAUAUUAGUAAGAACAUUUGCACCAAAAUACAACACUCCUAGCUUUCUUUUUCUUUUUUCUUUGCUGCUGUUUUUCACGCUUGCAACAGCUAUUGUCAAGGCUGCAUUGGAUGGUGCUGGACGAAGUGAAGCAGGUUCACCAAACAUGUGACUUCGAGUGUCAUUUCACUCUGCCAUGUGAUAUCCUCUAAAGGACACAAAUGCCAAGUAAUGCCUGCUCAAGGUGGCACUAAAUUUGCUCAUGCGAAAGUGUGUCACUCUGGUGCGCGCUUGCUUUGUGACACGUGCAUUCUUGUUUCCAAUAGGUUUCAGACUGGAGAGGCGUAGAGACGAGAGAGAUUGUCGAGUUUGUAAAGGUGGCAGUCUGCAGUCUAUAAUGGCAGCUGCUUAGAGCGCUGGAACCUUCUAGUCUUUAUUUAUUAUUUUCUUAUAAUACUAGAUGCUCAACUUUGUCAUUUGGUGCUUUAUGACCACUAUUGUGAUGUCAAUGUCUUUCCUUUUUUCUUGCUUGUUUAUUUGACAUUGCAUUCAAUGUUCUUUGUGUGACGUUCAGUGCAAUAUAAUUUAUUAUGCUGAGAUCUACAACAUGUUCAUUUAUCAAGUAACAUUCGCAUUGAAUUUGGCGGCACAUAAACGUUGUUGCUGCACCUGAA